AUGGCCUCGAACACUGGUAUCAAUUCGGCGCCGUACUUUGAACUCUACCGUCGAUCGAGUCUCGGACUUGCGCUGACGGACGCACUCGACGAACUCAUUCAGAGCGGACACAUCAACCCUCAACUCGCUUUGACGGUGCUCAAGCAGUUCGAUAAAUCUGCUUCUCACAUUCUUUCGGAAGAGCUACGCGCCAAAUGUACAGUGAAGGGGCAUUUAUCUACGUACAGAUUGUGCGACGAGGUAUGGACAUUUUUAUUGCAUGAUUCAACAUUCAAGCUAGAAGGUGGAGAUUCAGUAGGGCCAGUCAAGCGGGUCAAAAUAGUCGCGUGUAAAGGAAAUCCUAAUGCAGGCCCCGCUCAAUCCCAAUAA